GAAGGCAAAAAUUUAUCCUUAAUGUUCUACAUCAAGAUUAAUGGUGAAUGCCUAAGGUUCACAAAAAAUGGAGUGACAACAGGAAAAGACCACAAAUAUGAUCUUGACUCAAAGAGCAAUCAUGUAAAUGCCGAUGAAUAUAGGAAGUUUGAAGAGGUGACUGUCAAAAUGGGUAUUCCAAAAGAAAACAUCUUAAAAGGCAUUGAUACAGGCAGAGGAAAGUACGUUGAUGAAGAACUCAUUGAGAAGUUCAAAGAGUUGACAAGGAAAGAAGGGAUUCCAGAAGAAAGGAUCACAAAUCUCAGUGAAACAGGAAAGGGUAUAAAAUGAGGCACAAGCCCAGAUUCUCUCCAGCACAGAGCUUCCCUGCACUGUUCCAGAGGAGGGCUUGACAAGCACCAACGAAAUCAACAAGAUGAAAAUUCUGCUUCUGGGUCUUGCACUUGGUCUGGUUUGUGCUGACCAGGAUCUUCCAGUUGAGGAAGACUGUUCUAAGUUGACAGGAGCAUGGCACACCAUUUACAUAGGAUCUGAUAAUAUAAGUAAGACAGGCUACAAUGGCCCACUUCAGGUUUAUCUCCGCUCCAUGGAAUGCUUGAAUGAUGGC